AUUAAAUCUCCUCUGUUGUAGGUUCAUGCGGCCAGAAACUGCACAGGGCAUAUUUGUUAACUUCAAAGACUUGUACCAUUACAAUGGGAACAAGCUUCCUUUUGCUGCUGCUCAAAUUGGCCAGGCUUUCAGAAAUGAGGUCGAUUGCCUCAUUAGCAAAGAUCAUCUUUUCAAAUGGAGUAUUAUACUAAUUAAGGCUUGGUGCUAUUAUGAAAGUCGUAUUCUUGGUGCUCAUCAUGGUUUGAUUUCUACAUAUGCUUUGGAGACAUUGGUCCUAUAUAUCUUCCAUCUCUUCAACUCUUCCUUGAAUGGUCCUUUAGCAGUUUUAUAUAAAUUCUUGGACUAUUUUAGCAACUUUGACUGGGAUAAUUACUGCAUUAGCUUGAAUGGACCAGUUCGGAUAUCUUCACUUCCAGAACUCAUGUUUUAUGUAUGUCAGGGUGUUACAACCACUGGGGGAUGUAGAUAUAGACAAGCUAUCCCAGUAGGUAUUGGAGGUGGUCUGGAUGUUGAUACAAAUUUUGGCAUUAGAAAAGCUUUUCUUCCUCAGGUAUAUUGAGAUGAUUUCUUUGGAGCAAUUCUUGACAACAUUUGUAGUUGAGGCCUUUAGAAUGGAAGAAUGCAUUUCACUCAUUUUUGUAUACAUUUCUUGUUUUGUAUUUAGUGAUAAAGGAAUCUGAAUUGGGCAUAAAUUAUGUUGUAAUAUGAUUUCUUAAGCCUAGAAUAGUAGACUAAAUAUUGUAAUUACAUUUGAGUAAUUAAUAAAAAUCUAUUUAUGUUACCUUAUUUGGCUUCAA